AUGGAAAGCAGUUGGUUGCCCUAUUUCGAGUUCCGCAAGAAUAUUCUUGAGGUUCAGCUGAAGUAUAUUGGGUUGUCGAUUUUCGAUCCCCAUUUCAAGUUCAACUGGCUCACAGCAUUUUACUGGAUAGAUAUCUCAAUUUUUACAAUAAUCUCGUGCACUGAUCUCUAUUUCUUCAUCGGUCAAUUGAAAGAAUUUGUGUUUUGUAUAGUUACACUUCCGUUUGCCUUGUUUUUCGCGAUCCGUUUUUACAACUUGCAAUUUAAGCGGAAAUUAAUUGUUAAACUUGUUCAGGAGGCACAUUAUUUUUGCAUGAAGCUUCGCAGUGAAAAAAGACUCGUGGAAAUUGCUUUAUUUGGCAAGUAUGCGGAAUAUUUGAAGCUUAUUGCAAUUGCGACAAAUUUGUUAGUACUGGUAGCUGGCUCAGGCUCUCUUAUACUCCCUUUUUUGAUGUAUCCCUUUUUACAAGAACUGAUUCUGCCAUUUGGAUUUGUCAUUCCGGGCAUGGACUACACACAAGGAGUCGGUUUCGUUGCGAGCUAUUUGUAUCAAAUAUUCGAAGUUCUACUGGUUGUCACUUUUGCCUUUUUGCCAAUGUUUCACUUUUUAACUUUCUAUGUACUUUUUGGAUGCUUUCAUCUUGAUUGUCAGAUGAUACGAUUGCGAGAUUUCAACGACAAAUUAACGGAAAUCAAUUUCCAAACGAAACCCAUUGAUCGGAUUCAUGACUUGAAAAAGUUGAUCAAAAUGCAUCAAACGUUCAAAGAGUUUAUCGGAAACGUUGACGUAAUAUUUGCCGUACAAAACUUACUGGAUCUCUUGAGUAUUAGCUUUCAAAGUAUCACAAUUCUCUUUUUCUGUACAACAGAGUUUUGGGCGCAGGGAUAUGGAAUUGUCUUUGCCAUCGUUACGCCAGUUUUCAUGACGUGCGCCUACGGAGUCGUUCUCGAGACAAAGGGAAAUAAGCUGGUAGAGAGCAUUUAUGAGUUGAAUUGGCAUUUGUUACGCGUUACAGAACGCAGACUAAUCGUGCUUUAUUUGGUUGGAACACAAAAGAUGAAGUACUUUUCUUUUGGCAGCUAUUUGCCGGUAAAUUUUGAUACUUUUGCAAAGACAAUGAAAUUUUGCGCUAAUGUGUUGAUUUUUCUUGUGAAACGACAAUCCUUACAUAAUUCAGGAAAUUGA